AGCAGACGUGAUCUCCGUCAGGGUAGCAUUUGUAUUUGUUCUCAUGUGGCCUUCUCCCUUUCUCCUCUUUGGGUGGGUCUGCCUGUGUCAUUCUGAGGUAGUAGACCUAAGAUUAGAAAGCAGAGGAGGCAAAGAGGGAGUUCUACUGAAAGGAAAUGGGCGUUGAGAGUAGGAAAAAAAUAAUUCUGCAUUCCUAACCCUCUAUUUUUUUCUACUCUGAAAAAGAGGGUUUGAGGGAGUAGUAGUGGGAAAGGCAAGAGGAAAGGGAGUGGGCGACCAGAGGGAAAAUCAGAAUACCGUUACAGGAAUAGUGAAACGUGCGUUUGUUUUGGUGCUCCUGGAGUUGAAAGAUAAACUUUAAGGACCUGUCAGUGCGGCCUGGUGAGACUUGGACACGAUGGCGUUCCUGUUGAUGUUCGUCACUCUACUUCACCUCAUUACUCUAGCCAUGCUCUUCAUCGCCACAAUGGAGAAGUCGUGGUGGGUUUGGGACAGUACAAGCAAUUCCGACCUCUGGUACAAAUGUACGUAUGACAACGCCACAGAGGCCUGGCUGUGCACCUCUUCAAAGGAGACUGAGUGGCUCCAAGCAGUCCAGGCCCUGAUGGUACUGGCUGUAGUCUUCUCAUCCAUCUCCUUCUUGGUUUUCCUUGGACAGCUCUUCACCAUGUCUAAAGGAGGGCUCUUCUACAUCACUGGGCUAUGCCAGAUCUUUGCAGGUCUCACCGCCUUCGCUGCCACCCUCAUCUACACCCUGCACCACUCAGACAUCCUGGGCAGGGUCCCAGACUCUAACUUGGGACAUUUUGGCUACUGCUUCAUUCUGGCCUGGGUGUGCGUACCCCUCCUGCUCUGCAGUGGCGUCAUGUACGUCCACUUGCGUAAGAGGGAAUGAAAUGCGGAACUGAGCAGCGUUAUCCUUUUUGUACUGGAGGGUUGGGGGGCGGCGAUAUUGUUCUCUGUGUUCAUAUCUGUAGUAGAUCUACAUUCACAUACUGGGUCCCAAGUUGAGGAGGCGUGGGAGAUUGACCCCGUUAUGCUCACUUACCCAGUGUCAAGAGGUAAGAAAUAUGGUGUACAGAAAUGAGAAAUGAAUCAUUAACUAUCUGACCUUCUGUGCUAUUUUGUUGUAAUAGAUCGCUUAUAUACUGGGGCUAGAUAAAGUUUCGUUGGGGGGGGGCAGGGGUGGGGGGGGGGGGGGUUAGACCACAUAUCUGCGCAUAUCUUUCUCAGUAUCAAAGCAUAAAGGUAAUUUAAGAGAUACACAUUACAGUGAUUUUCCAGGUUUUAGACUUUUCUCGGUUUUCAUUUUGUGUCAAAGCAUUGCUGUAAUUGUAUCCCUGAGUGCUCAUUGGCACUAAACUGUCCAUACAGAGACUGACAUGUCCAGCCGUCUCUGGAUAGCACUUACAUAGCAAAACCAAACAGCCACUGAUGACUGUGUAUCAUCACAUUGGUGAGGAUCACACCCAGGAACAAUCUGGUCUCCCAAAGCAUCUCAUGGUUCCCCGUUAACUCUAUCCUCCCUCUUCAAAGGGCAGCACAAGGUAUAGUGCAUUAGUGAAGGCCUGUCCCUGCUCUAAAUUAGGCCUAAGACUUGUAGCACAGAUACAUUGUAAUGACCUUUCUGGGUUGUAUAUUCUGAGCAGUUUAUUUGUAAUAUUUGCUUUUUCACUUUUGGUUUUGGUUCAGCUAUUGGACCAUUGCCAGCAAACCCUAUCAGCAUUUAAAGAAAUGCAUGGGAAGUAGCAUUCAUAAAAAUGCUUCUUUUAACCAUAGAAGGUAUCUGGGCAGCUGUUAUUAUCCUUUUAUGGAUAAUAUUCAUAUGCUAUAUUCGGCAAGAGUAUGUUUAUAUUGCACAUACUGCACAAAGCUUUUGUUUGCUCAUUUAGCUUAUGCUCCAGUUGUACUAUUGUUUUCAAUAAAACAUGCACUACAGGAA